GCAGUGUCGAGUGAGAGCCGCUGGGCGGCGGACCUGCGUUGCGCACCCGACUGCGCCCGACCGUUCGUCCAGAUGAUUGCGUAUUUAUGGCGUCCCUGCUUCUUCUGCUGUGCGCUGUGUUUGCAGUAGGGUCGACCGGAGCGCAGCGGGACACAGGAGAGGCGUCGGCGCCGGCGGCGGGCGCUGCGCCGGCGGCGGGCGGCGUCGCCGUCGGGGCCGCCUCGGCCUCCGGCGGUGCGGGGGCGGCGCUGCGCGCCUGGGCGUCCCGGCGGCGGCCGCUGACGCUGGGCUGCCCCCGCGCCGCCCCCGCCGCCCCCGUCGUGGGCUGGCUGCUGCACGACCGGCCGCUGGCGCUGCGGGACGACGGCCGGCGGUCGCUGCUCGCCGACGGCUCGCUGCACAUCGCCAAGGUGCAGCCCAAGGCAGACCUGGGGGAGUACCGCUGCAUGCUGCGGACUCCAGAGGGACUCGUGGCGUCUCCAGCCAUCGCCCUGGAGCUCGCAGGUAUCUCGCACGAGUUCUCCGCGGUCCCGGAGAACGUGACAGCGGCGGCGGGCGAAGUCGUGCGUUUCACGUGCCAAAUCCAGUCAGUUCCAAGUGCGACCAUCGCGUGGGAGCACAACAAGAAGCAACUACCUCAAAACAGCAGAUACGUUACUGUAGAGCCGGGAGUUCUCUACAUAACCUCUGUUGAAAGCUCAGACGAAGGCAACUACAGAUGCGUCGCGACGAACCCCGCGACGGGCAAGAAGCGGCCCAGCCCCGAGGCGCGGCUGUCGGUGCAGCGGCGGCCGGCGGGCGCCGCCGCCGCCCCCGCACGGCUGCUGCCGCCGCUGGCCGCCGUGGUGAACGCGACCGAGGGCGGCGCCGCGACGCUGGUGUGCGCCGCCUCCGGCGUGCCGCCACCGGCUUUGCGCUGGUUGCACCCCGAGGGCGCCGCAGGGGCGGUGGGGGCGGGGCUGGUGGCACUCGAGCUCUCCAACGUGACGGCUGCCAGCGCCGGGGACUACACCUGUGCCACCGAGGACGGCCAACAGCAGCAGAAGGUGACACUGUCGGUUUGGCAGGCGCCGGAAGUGCGAGUGAAACCACCCUCUCAGAGCUUCCCUGCCGCCAAGACUGUUCGCUUCAACUGUGAGGCGGUUGGGGAGCCCAAGCCAGAGAUAGUGUGGUUCAAGGAUGGAGUGCGGCUCCACAUCAAUGGCCGAAUGAAGCAGAGGGGUGCAGAACUGCUGAUCGCAACAACGCAGAUGUCCGAUUCGGGCCUGUACCAGUGCGCAGCCCGCAACGCCGCAGGGGAGAACUACGCCGUCGCCCGGCUGUCGAUAAAGUCGCCGUCGCGCAUCGACCCUCCGCGAGGCCUCUCGUGCCGCACUUUGGCCUCGGGUGGCAUCGAGCUGUCCUGGAACCAGCCUCCUGGCGGCAACUUCACCGCCUUCACUGUCCACUACCUGCCCACAGAGGGAGGGGAGGAGACACAGUUGGUCACAGUCAAUCAGUCGAUUCGCGUGGAGGACCUGCAGCCAUUCACCAACUACACACUCUACACGCGCGUCUACUUUCAGCGGUCAGCGAGUGAGGAGUCGGAGCGAGUCAUCUGCCGAACUGCGGAGGGAGUUCCGACGACAGCGCCACGGGUGUCGGUGCAGACGGUGGACGCGACGACGGCAUCCGUGAGCUGGCAGCCGCUGACUCCGGUAGAGGCGCGCGGCCACGUCGCGUCGUACAAGCUACAGUGGGGGCCACAGGGGGAGCCCGCCUACAGCGUCGAGGAGCUGCCGCCCUCCACCACACACUACGUCCUCACAGGGUUGGAACCGGGGAGACAUUACAACAUCAGAGUCCUGGCAGCGACAAGCCGCGGCUACCCAACGGAAGACCUGCCGUGGGUCACGGUGCAGAUGCCCAGUGGCAGUGUGGAUGGGGACGAGGGGCCAGGUGGCGGCGUGGGUGGGAGUCCCGUGGCAGUCGCCCUGGUCGUCACGCGCGUCAAUGCCACCGUGCUGCAGGUCGCAUGGAAGAAGCCGAAUACUUCGGUCGAUGACGGAGUACAGCUGUGGUACAGGCCGCGUGGCAGUUCGGAGGUCGGCCCCUUCACGUACGACGCAAACACGACGCGUGCAGUGCUCACGGGUUUAGUGGAAGGGCCACUGUACGAGAUCCGUGUGCGCUCCGGUGGUGUGGCUGGCUUCGCGGUGUCCGUCCCGUCGCUGCCUCCCCCGCUAGACGUCUCGGCCACCCCUACCUCCCCGCGGUCCCUCCGCAUUGCGUGGACCGCCUCGCCAGAUGUGGCGCGCUACAGUGUUGCAGUUAUACCUCUGGGCGUUCCGGGUGGAGCAGAGGGCAAGCAGCGGCACUUCUUAGUCAGCACACCACCUGCCAUUGAGGUGACAGAGCUGGAGCCGAACACCCUGUACGAGGUUAAGAUACGCAGUGAGGACUCUGCUGGACGGAAGGGUCCCUACGGGCAGACUAUGGAAGUCAGGACACCAGAAGACAUCCCGAGCCACGUGCGGGACGUGAGGACGGAAGCCCUGAACCGGACAGCCAUCCGCGUCACCUGGCGUCCGCCCGCUGUGCUCAACGGCGUCCUCGUCGGCUACACGGUGGCUGUCGACCCCAACCGCACGGCUGCUCUGCCCGGCAAAGCAGUCCGUGCUGCCAGCGUGUCUGCCGUGAAGCACUCUGCCGAUGUGUCCGGCCUACAGCCGAAUGUGCAGUACUUCGUGACGGUGUCUGCUCGCAACGGUGCAGGACACGGCCCGCCAUCCGGCGCAAAAGCGGUGGUCAUCAGGGUGGCCGGAAACGAGUCGCGUGAAGUCACGCCCGUCCCGACUGUGCUGCCGCCUCCUCCUGGUGACCAGCCACCUGUAGUCUACGAUGACCAACACCUCGUUUCACCUGUCCCUCCGGCAGGCAUCGCAAUCGGAGUGUCGGUGGGACUGGCGUGCGUCGUGGUGUGCGUGGCGGCCUUCCUGUGGCGCAGGCACUGCCCAAAGGUCCGGGGCGGGCGCCACCGGCGGGGCCGCGUCCCGGGGCUCGCGGGGUGCGGCGGCGGCCCGGAGGGGGGCGGCAGGGGCGCAGCCGGGCGGUACGCGCGGCCGCAGCAGCGCCAGUGGGAGCUGGAGGUGCUGGACGCGGCGCCGCCGCUGGCAGAGUCGCACAUCCCGCCGCCGCCGCCACCCGAACUUUUUGACACCAAGGGCGGCUACCCGAACGGUCACACAAACGGAGUGAAGCGUCCGGUGCUGAGCAACGGUCGCAUCCCUAAUGGCCACACGUCCACGGGCAUCCACAUUACCGAGAAUCCACAGUACAAAUGUGGAGACAAGGGAGGUGCAUCCCUGGGGAACGAGGGCCUUCAGGCGGGGGCAGGUGCCAGUGCGGUUGCGGGGGUGGGGGAGCGGGAACAGCUCCUCGUGCAGCACGGAUCCGCCACCAGCGACUCUGUUGCGGCGGACACUUCAGCUGAGGGGUCGGUUGUGGACACGACACAGGUGACCCUCCUGGGCUCCGACAUGGCGUCAACGACCUCAGAGUAGGCGGUCGGAACCAGCCACUCCGUGUACGGAUGCGGGUACAUGCCACACGAUGCUUCCUCCUCCUCCUCCUCGCAUUUCUUUCUGCCGCCGGCACCGUUGUGCGUACUUCCCGGAAAUUGCACACUGUCGCCGUCAGAGAGGGAGAGGUGUGGUUUUGUUUUCUAAAGUUUAAGUGACGUGUAUUAUACAGCGUAGUGUUAAGGGUAGCGUAUUUAUAAAUGUUUAAUUUGUACAAUGUUUCUCUUCUUUGCUUUUUGCCAUUUUUUUCUGAACGUAGUACGGAGUGACGGAGCAGAAAAGACAAAUUUAAUUUUCUAUAAAAAAAUUUAAAAAAGUGACAACACGAUAGUGUCUGGGAAUAAAUUACUCGUACGGUGAUAUUAGUAUACUUUGCCUAAUUACUGUAAAGGAAGAAAAGUAAUAGUGGAACAAUAUUUAAUGUAGCGACCCUUUUUAUUUUGUUAUCGAUUUGUCGGGAGCUGCUGCCCGUGUCGCAACUGCACCACAGUAUGCGCCACUGUCAGUUGGCUGCGAGCGACUGUAAAAGCGACUGAAGCGUAGCUUGCGAGACCAAGAUUCCUCUUUAUUUUUUAUUUGUCAGUAGCAGUGUAGCUACCGUUGGUCACUUUAAGUGUCUCGCCUAGUAGUUCUAACCAGAUAAAAGUAUAAACAAACACUAUUGCUGGUUCUGUAUGACACAGAUGUCCUGUGUGCAAAUGAAAAAAAAAGAAAAAAAAAGAGAAUCAAUUGAUGGUACCUGAAAAUAACUCUUCUUGUAAAAAAUGUAACAGAAAAUUAUAAUACAAAACGCUGUUUAAACCGACAGGUUUUAUUACAUUUCCAUGUACACUAAUCAGUGUCUAGAAUAGUUUCCAAGUACAGUAGUUAUUCUGCAUUCCAUUAGAUGUCAUGCGGAGGGAACAAAUUGUUGCACCCUUUGAUAGACUGCGUUUUAUAAUUUCUUGUGAUUAUUUCUAUUUGUGUUGCUGAUCAAAAACUCCUGUAAUUGUAUCAGGUGCUUUGUGGCCAAUAAUUGUAAUGGUAGUCUGAGCCCAAACAGUUUUCACUUUUCUCAGAACAUUGAGAAAGCCUGGAAUAACAUAGUGUAUUAUUCACCAUUUGUCCCUAGAUUAAUUGAAUCGCUGACCCACAAAUGACACACUAUCAUCCAGGUUGAUAGCCCGAACUUGAAAUUAUACACAUGGGAAAAAUACUGAAAAAAAUUUGGUUCUCUCUUCAUUAAUUGAUACAGUAAGAAUGGAGAGUUCCUUUUUAAUAUGCACCAGAAGUGGGUGGGAUUUAUAAGGUACCUCUCUUUAGCCGAAGUCUUCCAGAAUACUAUCUGGCUAUCUCGUUCAGUGUCCAGUAUCUCUUUGUGUGUAAACGUGUGUAUCAGAUCCAGGCUCUGUGAAAGAGGAAUUGUUAUGAGUUUGAUUCAUUGCAGAACUCUGCAGGAUUUAGAUGUUGAGCUUUGGAUACCUUGCUCUAACUGCACAGUACUUCAGCAGAGAUGAAGGCUGUUCACAUUUUUUGUGUAGCCUGGGUCAGACCUUUUUUCAGAUUCAAGAUAGUGUUUGUAAAACAGUUUUUAGUUUUGAUUACUGAAUAUAAGAUAAGAGCUACUACAACACUGUUUCAGUGUUUACAUGGCAGUACACAAACAUACACUCUUAAUUUUUUUAGUUGUUACAUGAUUUUUGCUUACUCCAUGCGACAUCUCUCUUUAGUUGGUAGGGACUUCAUAAGUGUGUACUAAGUCAUCAGCAACACAAAUGAAUCUGUGUCAUGUUAUCAAAGGGAAAACAGUUUGUUCUCACUAUCUGCAAAUAUAGAUCUUCUACUCAGACUGUUCUUCUUCCCUUUUUCAAAAAAACAAAAUCAUUGCUUUAUAACUGUAAACACAGGGUGAAACUCUCCUGUUUGUUAUUGAUUUUUAUGGAGAUUUUAUGGAAAUUUAUAACAUUUUGGGGACCACCAUAAUUUGUACAUCCCAGCUUUACCAUGCUGCUGUGGCAGUCACCAACAAUGUAUGGAGACUUAUUUUUUUGAUCAGAGAAAUUACAGAAUUAGCAGAAACUUUUUGACUUUAGAAGUCAUUUUAUUGAUAUCAUGCACUCAGUGCACCCCACUGCUAAUUAUUUGGUCAGAAUACCUUUACACGAAUGAAUCUUCAGUUUUCAUACAUUGUUACUCUCAUUCUCAAUCUCUGUCUAAAAUUAUCUUUACUUGAAAAUAUUUUUUCAUUGGCUUUGUGUGAUCUAAGUUGAAUUUCUCAAGACUGUCAGAAGCGCACAAGCAAAACAGAAGCACCCCUUAUUAAACAAUGCCAAUUAUUUAGUGAAAUUCCUCUACAGUUACUUAAGAAUUUUUGCUAGCUGUGGAAAGUAUCUCAGUGGAAGCUUUUCUGUUGUCUAAGCAUACCAUUGUCAGUCACAUCACUUUAUACUUCUGGUGAUGUUAGUAUUCAUGUGACUAGUUUUUAGUGGAGAUUUCCUGUAUUCUUUAGCUUGUGCUGCCAAUGUCUAUAAACAGCAAUAAUUUGUAUUUUCUCUUAUGUUCUAUAUUGUCAAAACAUCCAACAGAAAGUACUUUAUGUAAUGGAAACAUUUGUUGUCAUAUGCUUCUUUUUGUAGAAUCACUGGUGGUCCCUGUCAUAGAUUAUAUGUGAAAGCAAUGCUUUAACCAAGUCUGUUCUAUUCAAACACUGUAUAUUUUUGUGUCAUUUUUGUUUUGCACUUGAACAGUGGAAUCAGUGGCAGACAAAGCACUGUGUAACUAAUACUAGCAUCAUGACAAUAUAAAAUGUUAUCUCCUAAAUUGCUACACACUUUCACUGUGUAGUGUGUGGCAACAGUUUUGAAACUGAGUAAAUAUCACAUCCUUUCGUAAAAGUAUCACACUCUGUUUUGAGUAAAAUAACAGUCAACCAGACAGGAUUCUGAAUAGUGUAAUCUCUGGCAUGAAGUUGUGUGUAAUUUUGGUUCUUUCUAUUUUGUUACACUUUAUGACAAAUUAUUCUCGCUAGCUCGGCAGACUCUGAGACUGUAUUACAGAAAAGGCAAUUUAUUGCAAGGAAGUUGUUAUUGAAUGUACUCAUUGGUAAUGCCGACUCUCCACAUUACUUUUGUCCCUAUUAUUUUGUCACAUUGCCUUAAGUGGAACUUACUUUUCUCCUAUAUCCCAGGGUCUUCGCACUGUACUCACUAAUAUUAUGACCGAGUAGUCUGCCGCCUCAGAUCUGUACCGCUUGUGUUACUUCUUCUGUUUAUUCAGUAUUAAACACCUUUUUUUUUAGUGUAGCGUUGGUUGGAGAAGAAAUGCAGAGAGGAUUUAUUUCCAGUUCCGCACACAGUUUUGGAUAUAAUUUACAGCUCGUCUCGUAACAUCGUGUUAGUUCCUGGGAGAGCACUGCUGUGUUUGUUGGCAGUGACACUGGCACUGCAGAAGGUUGUGAUUUUCCUAUGUGAAAAUAGAAGUUUUAUUUUGACAGAAAAUAUGCCAGGCAUGAUAUUAUUAUUGACUUGCAGGGACCCUAGUUACAAUGCUGGUAAAAACUUUAAAGACACCUUAAAAGGACCAAACACAUUCUACUUACUACUAUAUUUAUGGACGUAAUACUGUGCAGUAGUUCAAACCAACAAAAAUGAAGCCCACGACAGUUGGUCUCUGUCGGUCGUUACUCCUCGAUCGAUUCAUCCUAGUUGUGUGUCUGACAGUCCGUGACACCCUUGAACCACUGCCACUGUGCUUCUGUAGCUUAACUUGAUCAUUUGUCUCACGAAGCAUGCGUGUUUCCCAUUUUAUCAUAUACUGUUUUAAGUACCACAUAAAGUAAUAUAUGGUGGCUUCUAGCUGUUACUCACCAAAAAGCUGUGUAUCAGGCAUGAGUAACCACACAUUCAUCCAUCUAUGUGCUAUUGCAGGGAUAUUUAAAUUAUUAAAAAUAUAUAUUUGGUCCAAUCAGAAACUUUUAUAGGCACUACUGGUUUUCAUGCUUAAGUCAUUAUCUGAGAGUUGGCGUCCACUAAUAGAUCAGGAGCCGUAACAGGAAGUCUUCAACAUUGAAUCAGUCACAGCUGUAGAAGUAUGCAUUGGGCACUGAAUUAUCAUUAUUAUUAUUAUCUGUAAGUAAAUAUUAUUCAUUCAUUUCCACCACUAUAUGACAAAUUAAAAAAUACUGAAACUGGUAGAAACAUUCCAAAAGAUCAUCAUCUCAUCAAUGACAGUUCAUACUCACAGCGUUCUUCUUUACACUGUUGUCCUGUAACUUUUAAAUAAGAUGACACGAAGAUUUGCUACAUGUGACAGAGUGGUCUCUUUUUUAUGCACUUUAAUUGUCCUGGAAUGCAUUACCAAAUAGCGUGAUUUUUCUGGGAACAGCUGCACUUGAUUGUUUUUAUAUUUUUUAAUUUGUAUUUCAUUAUUUGCGGCUGCUUUCAGAAUCACAGCCAUAAGUGAUUGAGUGGGGCUUUCAUUCUGGAACUGGUUGCAAAGCAUUAAAUUUAAGUAACUAAACUUUUUUCUUCUGAUACAGUGGAGAAGAUAUUACAAAUAGUAAGAAAUUUGAAGACGGUAUGUUUUCAUGGACUUACCUAAAGUUUUUUAUCCAGCACUAUACAACUUGUGUUCCAGAAUAUGUCUCCAUUUCCGGUUUCACCUUCCUCAAUCCAUGUGCAUUUAAAUUCAGCUUGCAGAUUACUUUUACCCCACCCUUGGCAUACGUAUGCUCCCUCCUAGGGAAUCAGUUAGUAAUGCUGGAAUUUAACUGUUGCAGCUCUGCAGGCUGCCUCAUGGCAUUUCUGUGCAGUCAAGUAAUGGGCGGUACACAUCUCUGGCGGCAUUUCUACUUCAUUUUCGAGCAUUCGGUACCUGUUCAGCAUAAAUCUGCACGCUGUACUGACAGAUCUACCUCUCGGAGCACUCCGUUGACAACCUCACCUUCUCCGCUCCCACCACAACACCGCUCUCCCGCUCCUGGCAGUGUGCGAUUGCCCCUUCCCUUCCCUCCCUACAAACUCCUGUUCUUUCAGAAACAAAGCCUCGGUACUUGAAUCGUGUAAAACUGUUUCACUAUGGCCGAGAAAAAAUGUCUUAUUUUUGUGGUUAUUUUAGUAGUUAUUCACUAGUAUUGUAGUUACUGUAAUUUACUGUUACUCUCUUUGUUAUUGUAGUUGUCAUAAUUGUGAAGUCGUAACUUUUCUUUGCUAAGAUAUUUUUUUGUUGAAACUGAAUUAUCCUUCCCCUAUUACCAUCGUUUAGUUAGUGGUUAAGGCCUCUACUUUGAUUAUCGUAUCGAGAUGAUGUCGGUGUGGGAUGUGUUGGUAAUGUGAAAAAGACGGGCAUCGAGUCGGCAGGGAUACUUUGCACGACACACCCGAAUCCCAAAUACUCACGUGAAGUAAAUGCUUGACCGGAGUAGUUUCUGUGUGCAGCUAGGCCUAACGGUGCAUUUUGAUUGAAUCGCAUUCCCAUUUGACGGUGCGGAGUGGUGCUACCCACACUCACAGCCGUUAAGAAUGAUGCCGUGCAAGUGUUGCAAAAUGUGACCAUGUUGGCAGGGAUGUUGGUGUACAAGUAAAUACCGAGUAGUUCUUAUGCGAGACACUCCGCGUCGGGAGAGGACAGUUACUGUUGUCUGCUGCCAAUUUGCUUGCAGGUCUCAAAAAUACUAUUGUUACAAAGUGCAGUGCUUGCCACAGUUUUAUGAUCUCUCUUUCUUGUCCUGAAAAGGAUGCAUCAUUUGAGUUUUGAGUACUACAUUUUUCUCAGUGCUUUUUUUUAUCUGUAUUAUUUUGUUGUUUUCAUUUUUCAGUCUCUGUCUUUAUGCCUAUAAGUGAAUGUCCAGAACAUAAAUCAGCACUUUUAAG